GAACUUUGACCACUUCCAGAUCCUGAGAGCCAUCGGGAAGGGCAGCUUUGGCAAGGUGUGCAUUGUGCAGAAAAGGGACACGGAGAAGAUGUACGCCAUGAAGUAUAUGAACAAGCAGCAGUGCAUCGAGCGCGAUGAGGUGCGCAACGUCUUCAGGGAGCUGGAGAUCCUGCAGGAGAUUGAGCACGUCUUCCUGGUGAACCUCUGGUACUCCUUCCAGGAUGAAGAGGACAUGUUCAUGGUGGUGGACCUGCUGCUAGGCGGGGACCUGCGUUACCACCUGCAGCAGAACGUGCAGUUCUCUGAGGACACGGUGAAGCUGUACAUCUGCGAGAUGGCGCUGGCCCUGGACUACCUGCGUGGCCAGCAUAUUAUCCACAGGGAUGUGAAGCCUGACAACAUUCUCCUGGAUGAGCAAGGCCACGCUCACCUGACUGACUUCAACAUCGCCACCAUCAUAAAGGAUGGGGAGAGGGCCACCGCACUGGCCGGCACCAAGCCGUACAUGGCCCCGGAGAUCUUCUACUCUUUCGUCAACGGCGGGACCGGCUACUCCUUCGAGGUGGACUGGUGGUCUGUGGGGGUGAUGGCCUACGAGCUGCUGCGAGGAUGGAGGCCCUACGACAUCCACUCGAGCAACGCGGUGGAGUCGCUGGUGCAGCUGUUCAGCACCGUGAGCGUGCAGUACGCGCCCACCUGGUCCAAGGAGAUGGUGGCCCUGCUGCGGAAGCUUCUCACUGUGAACCCUGAGCACCGGCUCUCCAGCCUCCAGGACAUGCAGGCAGCCCCGUCACUGGCCCAUGUGCUGUGGGAUGACCUGAGUGAGAAGAAGGUGGAGCCAGGCUUCGUGCCCAAUAAAGGCCGCCUGCACUGCGACCCCACCUUUGAGCUGGAGGAGAUGAUCUUGGAAUCUCGGCCUCUGCACAAGAAAAAGAAGCGGCUGGCCAAGAACAAGUCACGGGACAGCAGCAGAGACAGCUCUCAGUCGGAGAAUGACUACCUGCAAGACUGCCUGGACGCCAUCCAGCAGGACUUCGUGAUCUUUAACAGAGAAAAGCUGAAGAGGAGCCAGGACCCCACCAGCGAGCCCUUGCCCUCCGAGGCCACGGAACCCACGGCGGACAGCGAGGCCGAGCCUGAGGCCCUGCCCAUGUGCAGCUCCAUCUGCCCGUCGGCGGGGAGCAGCUAGAGCGCCGGGGUGGCCCGGGGGCUCGUGCUUCCCAAGCUGCUUUGGAGACGAGGGGCGGCCAGAGGCAGAGCUGGUGGGGCAGAGCCUGAGUCCCACGCCCGCCGCGGGCGGUGGUGGGUGGCGAGGCCAGCGGGAGCUGCCUGUCCCCGUCCAGGGUGGCGGCCAGAGGGGGAGCCGUGCCGCGUGGCCGGGACCCCCCGUGGAGCCGCGCCGGUGGCUGGGGGGGGCAGCUCCCCGAAGGCCGCUGGCAGGUCACGGAGGUGGGACCCUGCACCCCGAGCCCCUGGCGGCUGCUGCUGGCUCUGCUGGCCACCGCGACCCUGAGCUUGCCGCCGAGGCGGAGGGCAGCCCAGGUUUUGUGGGGUUCGUGUCUCUCCAGGGCAGGGGUGGGGGGAGGUGCAGAAUGUUUUCUAGAGACCCGCCCCAUCCCAGCGAUGUCUGCUGUUUCUGUACUGUUUUCAC